AUUAAGACCCUUGUUUUCCACGCCUGUCUGACCAUAGUCCUACCGAAAACUGCAAAUAUGGCGGCCGCAGGCUCAGAGAUGUUUGUAAAGCCAGUAUGUGUGAACAGAGGUGAGUUGUUGGCGUUGUACAACAAUGAACAAUCUCCAUGUUACAUCGACGGGAGGAAUGACAAUCUGUAACAUGAACAACUCUAACACAGUGACGAUUAACACUUCUCACAUGAACAGUCACAUGAACUCUGGCAUGAUUAGCGAUGACAUCAGUGAGCCAAGUUCUCCGGAGAGCUCACAGUUCGAUGCCUCUGAUCUCCUACGCAAUGCGGUCACAGACGAUGUAACUGCUCAGCUGGCAGCAGCUGGUACUAUUGGAAUAGCAGCUGCUGCAGCGAUUGCCUCCAGUAAGAAACGGAAACAUCCACAUCAUUUUGAAACAAACCCCUCAAAACGGAAACGACAACAAACAAGAUUACUAAGGAAAUUGAAGGCUACCAUUGAUGAAUACACAACACGUGUGGGGCAGCAAGCUGUAGUGUUAUGUUGUACACCUGGUAAACUCAGUCAGUCUGUCCAGUCCUUCAAAGUGUUUGGAUCACAACCAUUAGAAAAUGUGCUACGGAGCAACAGAAAUGUUGUGAUGCAGGAGCUAGAAUCUUCUUUAGCAGACCAGGCACCUCCAGCUAAUAAUGAGAGUACUGGAUUACAUGAGUUACCUCCCUUAGUUAUUGAUGGCAUUCCAACACCUGUUGACAAAAUGACACAGGCCCAGCUGAGAAACUUUAUUCCUGAAAUGCUUAAAUAUUCAACGGGUAGAAGUAAACCAGGAUGGGGGAAAGAAGAGAGCAGACCUAUCUGGUGGCCAAACGAUUUGCCAUGGGCUAAUGUUCGCAGCGACGCCAGGACAGAGGACGAAAAGAAAAGGGUAUCAUGGACAGAUGCCCUUAGAAAUAUUGUGAAGAAUUGUUACAAACAUCACGGCAGAGACGACCUACUACAGGUGUUUAUGGAGGAGAUGCCUGGAAUGAUGCAGGUGCAGACAGGCACAAACACAGCAGCAUUUGGUGGCACCAUGGUGCAAACGAUUAACAACCCAGAUGGCACGGUGUCCAUUAUACAGAUUGAAACAGGCCCACAGUCUGUGGUCACACUUCCAGAUGGUACUCAGGCUACUGUUGUACAUGCAAUCCAGCAACAGCAGCAACAACAAGGACAACAACAUUUAACACAACAUGAGGCCACGCAGGCCGUACAGACACUGGCGGAAGUCGCAUCCAACCAGAAUGACCUAUCACAGGCAUUAAGUGCACACAUGACACCCGUAUCUCUAGAGAUGAACGCAGAGAGCACUCCUCAGCUCACCACACUUCCCAUCAAUCAAAAUGGACAGAUCAUCCUGGCUGGGGAUGCCCAGAUCGGUGGUAUAGUGACCAUUCCUGUAUCCAUGUACCAGACGAUGACAGGAGGGUUAACAAAUCUGGGAGACACACAGCAUGCCGGUCUUAUCCAAGGGACAAUGUCGCAAUUCACAACUGACCGCAUCAACACAAUGACCACAAACAAAACACAUUCUAUGGUACCGGACGCCACGCAGGCAGUGGAAGUAAUGACCGUUGACCAGCAACAAGUACAGAAUCAAUCUUAACAGUGUGUCAUUGUUAUUGGGGAGGGAUAAUGGGGGUCACUAGUUCCACGCUAGUACCAACUUAAGUCUUAAAUAUUAAUUUUUGUCGAAAUUAAAAAAAAAAAACGAGACAAAACUAUGAUAAUGUAAACAUUUCGUUUUCUGUCUCGUAGCAAUUGAGUGAAAGUCUUUUUCAGAUCAUGGUUGCCGUUAUGUUAACCUCUUUCAGAAUCAUGGUUUAUAUAUGAAGUGCAACAUGUUGACACCAUUUUUCUUGGCAUUUGUAUUUGCUGGUAUUUGAAUUCUUUAAUAUAUUCUUGUUUUGCUGGAGAUAUUCAAAUCUACCCAUCUAGAUAUCUCUGAGCAUUACUGAGUGACUGCUUGUGUUGAGCUAAACUUUAGGUGAUGAGAAAUUUAUUUGUCAAGAAACAAAAAAACAAUUAUGAUAAAGGAAGGCAGUAUUUAAUGUGAUGUAUGUAAUUUGUGUGAGGAACCUGUAACAAGCUGUAAGUGUUUUUUCUCAGAUGAAACUGGUUUGCAAUAAUAAUUUCCUGAAAGGGUUGAUAUCCUUAGGGAUAUUCUUGUGAACCAUCUCUCCUGCUCCAGGACUGUAAGCUUUAUUAAGAGGUACCAUCCCUAACAUUCAGUUGAUAAUUUGCAUGGAUGAGAAACCAAACGAUGGAUAGAAGGGAUUUUUUGAGAGUCUUUAGGUCAAGUGAAUGUUUACUGGAAUAUAAUCCUGAUAUGAAGAGAUUAAAUUCAUUUUGAUAUAGUACGAGACUUAUAUCAGAUAAACUAUUAAACAAUAAACAAAACUAGACAAGAUACUUUGUUGUAUGUAUAGAGAGAAUACAUGAACUUGAUUUGAACAAUAAGACAUAUAAAUUAUAUAUUUAUUUUUUUCUAUUGAUCAAGAACUGGACCGAUUAAACAACACUGGCUUAUUGAUACAGCUACAUUUUGUUAGAUAUUUUCAUUUCUAUAAAAAGGGAAAAUUGGUUUGUUUUUUAUUAGAAAAAAAAAGAUGAUGUAUACCAAUCGCUUUAUUUGGGAUCUG